GCAGCUUCAAAAAUCGUUCGAAACCCUAUAAUUUCGUCUCUCGAAACGGGGAAAACUCAAACCAAUUUCACUGGCCCAUCCUCAAGAAAAUUGGGGUUUCGCCCAAUCUUGAAUCAUGAAACCCGAUGCUGCCCUAGAUCAUAUGCACUAGGUUGAUAGCGUGCGACAGAGCAAAUGUUAGCUUUUGUGGGUUCGGUGGCGAUGAACCCGGCUCGUAUACUCUGAUGGAGGAUCCCAAAGAAGUUGUAGUGAACAUAAGUUCGGAUGAGGAAGAGGGUUCCGGCAAGAUCAGCGGCGUCGGUUCCGGCGGAGUAGGUAGGUAUGACUUUGGAUGGAUAUCGAGGUUCCUCGAUGAAGACGACGAAUCUCCUGUAGAUUCUGAUGAUGUCCUCGUGGUGGGUGAGGUUAUUUUGAACACGAAGCAGUCUGUGAAGUCUUCAGUAACAGCUUAUGAAGAAUCCGUGAAAGCUGUGGAUGAGGAUGACUGUGACUGCAUCGUCUUGGAAGAAGAUCCGGAUAAGCCUGUUCAUGUAAAUAAUGAUGUUGAACGGGAUGAUGAUUUACUAGUUGUGAGCGAAAAGGGGCAGGUUGCCUGUAGAGAUUAUCCUCAUCCACGGCAUCAUUGUGCUAAAUUUCCUUUUGCUUCUACCCCGCAUGAAACCUUUUGUGACCAGUGCCAUUGUUAUGUCUGUGAUUCUCUUGCUCCAUGUGGCCAUUGGGGAAACGGCACGUCUAGUAUUGACCACUGUCAUGCCACUGAGAAAGAGCAGUUUUGGAAAGCUGAGAGACAUAACAAAAAGAAAAACAGAAAUGCUCUAUCAUCACUUCCUCCAUCUGCUGUCGUGGAUGCUUCUCUCCUAGUUCAGCCACCUUUACUGAACAUGCCUCCACUCCCUCAGACAGUUCAAUUCAAUAUGACACAGAAUCAAGCCUUUGCCGGACAAUGCCCUAUUCGCCCCUGUUCAAGGCAACAAGGAACCAUUUCCCCGCCACCUGGAUUCUUUGUUCCAAACCGUCCUUGUUCAAGGCAACAUGGAACCCUUUCCCCACCACCUGGUUUUUUUGUUCCGAGCCACCCACCUGGAUACAAUGUUCCAAGAGAUAAUAAUCUUCAAGCCCAAAGUGUCUCUCAUCAAUUUCAAAAUGGAUUUGUAAAUAGAAGCUCUGGCGGCAGAAGAUGGAAUGUUUCUCAAGCUGGACCCCACAAUAUCCAAUCACGCACACUGUUCAAGAGGAGUGGGCCGGUUCCACAAUCUGUGACAGCCCAUAGACAUGGAAACAGUUCAUCCCACGUUCAUAACAAGCCUCCAUUCCAUAGAAAUCCUCAUCGGGGUUCAAGGCUCAUUGAUAGCCAUGGCUGGGCAACUCCUCCAAUCACAAACACGGGCAGUCCAGGGUCCUUCCCUACAGACCUUAGAUAUAUUCCAUCCAAUCCGAUGCCCUCUCAAUCUCAACAAAGCGAAUUUUUGAGUUAUAUAUCAUCUUAUCCUCAAAGCUUCUCUCAAUCCCCAAAUUAUGCGAAUCCCGUGUCUUCACAGCCAUUUUUGGGAAGAACAUACACAGACUAUUUGCCUUCUGAGUUCCCGAUGCUCUUUCAGCAAUAUGUAGACAGUAACUCCACGGGCAAAGCUCCUCCAAAUACACAUGCAUCUGAACCCAUUAAUGGGAUAAACAAUAUUGAGAAUCCAUUGCUGCCCAGAUCCAGGCAGGCCAUUUAUAACAGUAUACCCGAAAUAGACUUCCAGUCAAAUGCAGCAGGCAAGGGAUCAGAAUCAUCUGUACAGCCACUCCCUGUGGGCAGCAGUUGCGGGGAUAUAAAUCAACUUUAUUCAUCUGCUCCAAUUGUUUCUCAGGAUGCCAGCCAAAAUAUCAGCAGCCAUCAAGGAUGUCAAGUCCAAAGUGUCGACCCCGAUGGCACAUUGAAUGAACCCCAUAAUGUGGGCCCAGCAGAAACUUCUUUUUUCGCAACGGAAGUCAAUAAUCAGUUAGCUGAGAGCCCAUAUGGUUUUGAUGACUGGUUUUGUGAAGACCCAACCGUUCCGAGGGUUAUAGAGGUUUCAGUCCCUCCAGCAGGAAUGAACGAGUACUCUCCCGAUUCUACCUUUGUAGGUUCUUGGAGUCUUUUUUAGUGUAUUUGCCUGAUUCGGCAUUUGUUUCUCUUUGUGGAUGCCCAUCUUUUAGCAUCUAGACUAGGUUAACAAGAUAGUUUGUGUUGUACUCUAGUUGUAAGGAGUGUACAGACAUGACUCUGUUUCGGCUGUACAGAUAUUAGGCUCAUUCAAUUCAUUGAAGAGCACAUUCUUGGUUGGAGCAAGCAUUUGUGGAGUUCAGUUUUUGGGAUUGCACUUCAUUUUUUGCCCCCAGUUUGUCUAAAUA